UGCGUCAAAAGCAAAAUACAACCGCCGCGCGCACGUGCGCCGUGUGAUGAAAAUGAUAUAAUGCUGACUUUGGGUGCGCAAACAUUAAUAGCGCGUGCCCCGGGUAGCUGUCGAAGGCGGCAAUGCCACCCGCGAGGCGAUGUGCGUCCAGUAGUCCGCACUGUGGUCCGUCUCCUUCAUUCGUUUUAAACGCAGCGCGCUGUUCCGGACUAACCCAUUACAUCGACCGCAUGAAGCCCGCACAUCUUCUGUUUGAUCUUACCUCGCCGGCUUCGAGUCUUCGAAUUACCCUUACCUUUUAGGCACGGGGGUUUAUCUUCUCACUUUUCGACCUUGAAAUAUAAUUUAGAUGUUUAACUCCUACUUGAAUAUUCUUGACUCGCCGCCUCUAUAGGGAACAAACUUAUUUUUCCAGCUAAGAGAAAGAUGCAUGUAUGGAGGAUCCAAGUUUCCCUCUGGUUCCUGCUCUACAUCAAUUUUCUGCCAGUGUGUUGGUGCGCUCAGGGGAAGUACGCGCAGAAGCUGCUCACCGAUCUGUUCUCCAACUACACCAACGCCCUGCGGCCUGUGCAGGACACGGACAACAUCAUGAACGUCACCCUGCAGAUCACCCUCUCGCAGAUCAUCGACAUGGACGAGCGUAACCAGAUCCUCACCUCCUACCUGUGGAUCCGCCAGGUGUGGAUCGAUGCCUUCCUCACCUGGGACAAAAAUGACUAUGAUGGGCUUGAUACCAUCCGCAUACCUAGUAGUUAUGUAUGGAAACCUGAUAUUGUCCUAUAUAACAACGCCGACGACCAGUUCUCGGGCUCCAUGGCGACCAAUGUGGUGAUCCGCCACGACGGGCAGAUCAUGUGGGACUCGCCGGCCAUCACCAAGAGCUCCUGCAAGGUGGACGUGUCCUUCUUCCCCUUCGACGCCCAGCAGUGCCGGCUGACCUUCGGCUCCUGGACGCACAACGGCAACCAGAUGGACAUACACAACGCGCUGGACAGCGCCGACCUGGCCGACUUCGUGGAGAACGUGGAGUGGGAGGUGCUGGGCAUGCCGGCCAAGAAGAACGUGAUCCUGUACGGCUGCUGCUCGGACCCGUACCCGGACAUCACCUACACGCUGCACCUGAAGAGGAAGGCCUCCUUCUACAUCUUCAACCUGCUCAUCCCCUGCAUGAUGAUCUCCUUCCUGGCGCCGCUGGGCUUCUACCUGCCGGCCGACUCCGGGGAGAAGGUGUCCCUGGGCGUGACCGUGCUCCUGGCCCUCACCGUCUUCCAGCUGCUGGUGGCCGAGAGCAUGCCGCCUUCCGAGAACGUCCCGCUCAUUGGGAAGUACUACAUCGCCACCAUGACCAUGAUAACGGCCUCCACAGCGCUGACCAUCUUCAUCAUGAACAUCCACUACUGCGGCCCGGAGGCCAAGCCGGUGCCCGAGUGGGCCCGCAAGUUCAUCCUGCACUACCUGGCCCGCGUCUGCUUCGUCUACGAGGUGGGCGAGAACUGCAUGAGCGUCCUGCCCGAGCGGGUCGACCCGCAGGCCCCGCGGGGGGGCGCCAACUGGGCCGCCAACGGCCGCGCCCCCAGGGAGGACCCGGGCAGGACGGAGGCGCCGGCGCCGACGGAGAAGGAGGACGCGGAGCGAGACGCCGCCAGUCCGCCGGGGAACAACACCGCCCCCUUCUGGCGGGAGGGGGUACACGCCGGCUCGGACCACGGGGUGGCAGGGGGAGCGGCUGGAGGUGGAGGUGGAGGAGGAGGAGGGACAGGGCGCGAGGUCUGCAAGGCCCAGUGCAUAUGCCACCACCAGCUGCUCCUGAGACACCUGGAGUACAUCGCCAACUGCUACCGCGACCAGAGGACCACGCAGAAGCGCACGGGCGAGUGGAGGAAGGUGGCCAAGGUCAUGGACCGCUUCUUCAUGUGGAUCUUCUUCAUCAUGGUCUUCCUCAUGAGCCUGCUGAUCAUGGGCAAAGCCAUCUGAGGUGAGAGACAGAAAGAGAGGGAGGGAUGGAGAGAGAGAGAGAUGGAAACAGAGGGAGCUGGAAAUAAAGAGAGAUGGAGAGGGAGAUGGAGAGAGGGAGAUGGAAAGAGAGGGAGAUGGAGAGAGGGAGAUGAGGGAGGGAGAUGGAGAGAGAGGGAGAUGGAGAGAGGGAGAUGAGGGAGGGAGAUGGAGAGAGAGGGAGAGGGAGAGAGGGAGAUGGAGAGAGGGAGAUGAGGGAGGGAGAUGGAGAGAGAGGGAAAUGGAGAGAGAUGUACACAGAAUCACAUCAGAGAACAAAAAUGCAUUGGCCUGCUCUCCUGGGUAUUUUUCGGGCCCUUUUCUGGCACCCAGGGAGUGGCUCUUCACAGCGCUCAGAGUCAGCGGUUCUCCAACGCGUAACAGAUCGGAAAGAGAACCGACGACAAAGACAACGAGCGCUUGAUUCACAGCGCACACCGCAGUCAAGUGUAACCUACAAGGCAUGAAGAGACUAAAACUAGAGACUCUUUUUUU